AUGGAGGACGAUGGCCAUCCCGACCCCUACCUUGAUCUUCGCCCUGAAAUCGCCGAGGAGCGGCGGCGCGCUGCUAGACUCGCUCUUGAGCGCCGCCGCCAGCACCGCGAAACCGCUCCUUGUCUGCUCUCGCCGCCGGCUCCCGUCGCCAUGGACGGCGUUGCUCCUCUCGUCUCGUUCCUUGAUCUUCACCCUGAACUCGCCGAGGAGCGGCGGCGCCCCGAACCGUCCUCUUCCCAUAAAACCGAGGUUGAGGAGCAUGCUAGCGAGGUUAGUAGCAGUGAGGGCUCUGUAACUGUGGAUCUGUCAGAAUCCACUGCCCUAGCGCUGAAUGACAUGCCUCGUACACUUCAGUCGACCUAUUGGUCCAAUUUGUGUUAUGAUACUGGCAGCAGCGAGACUGAGUCGGAAACUGUGGCAGGGAAGCCCGAAGAAGAAUCAGAUUUUGAUUUGGAGAAGGAACUGCAAGAAAUGGAGGAUUACUUGCAAGAGAAUACGUGCAACACUAUAAGCGAAGGGAUGGAUAAGAUUUUAGCUGUUGAGCGUUCCACUCUAGCUGCUAAGUACGACAAUAUGUCAGCUGCUGAGUAUGCUGAUAUGACUGCUCGAUCUUCCUACUUUAGUAAGAGGCUACCUCCCCUAUGGUGGCUGUCUUCGCCAGCUGAUUCAGAAACGGAGUCACUUCAGGCAACAGAGCAAGCUUCGAGGAAUGAACCAUCGCGGCAGUGUCUGCUACGCCGACAACCAAGGUGUGAAGUUCCUGACGAAGAGAUUAUUCAAAAUGGGAAAAACUGGAUGACUAAGGAGGUGAUGUUGGCAUUCGAAAAAUAUGCUGAAAGAAGUACUAAUCUCACGGAUCUUGACUGGCAGAUUGAGGAAAUUUGUCACCAAUGCUUUAAUGUGGAAUACUAUCACAAAGUUUUCCACCAUUACAAUUUCACUGUAAUGAUUGAGAGCCCUAGGUCAAGUGAUUCCAGAGUGGCAUUGUUCUUCCCCGAAGUGAAAGAGAUAUUCGGAAGAAAAUACUAUUUCUGCUGCCCUCUAGAACCAAAUGAAAAUGGUCAGUGUUAUGCAUGCCAUAACCAAGGAUUUGAUGAUCUAAGGCAUCCAGCUACAGGUGGAUAUGACUAG